AAUCUCAGUUGCGCCUGGAAAACACUACAUAAGGGAAGAAUUUCCUGGUCGUUUCUCAAUCCUUAGGCAAUGCCCUAACCCCGAGGGGCCUGAGCCUAGAAUAGAUGCCAGAGGCCACCCCCAGACCGCCUCACAGAUUGGCUGUCUGUGCCGCUCAGGUCCUGUCCGGGUCCCCACGGGUGAGCUCCCGAUUCUAGGGAGAUGAUGACUCGGGUGAUCCCCACCCGGGGUGCUGCUGGGCAGCGCUGGGAAGGCGGAAGGGUGCAGAGUCAUAAAGAGCCAGCCGGAGGAGGUGGCAGGUGGUUCAGGAUGGGGUCCGUGAGAGGACGCGAGGAGGGAGAGGGAGACGCGGGAGAUGGAUGGGUGUCUUGGGCAGGGGGGUGGAGGGGGACGCGCCAGGGAAGGCGGGAGGGAGCCAAGGGGCCUCCUGGAGAAGGCAGGGGGAGGGAAGGCGGGGCAGAGAGAGGAAAUGAAAAGCCAGGGCGAGUGAUCGGGGUUAGAUGAGUUAGGGAGGGAGGAGGGAGGGACGUCGGGAGAAGCUGCCACUCGGAGCCAGACCCAGAGAGCAAGACCUGGGAGAAGGAGCGCAGGGGGACAGACGGGCUGAGAGAGUCGGCAGAGGUGCAGAGGAGGGGAUAGGUCGGGAGAGGCUGGGAGGGAGGGAGGGAGAGGUGAAGGGAGUGGACCAGGGAGGAGACUGAGCCAGAGCCGGAGCCAGAGACAGAGAAGGAGAGAACGAGGGGCUUGGCAAGGGCAGGAUUAGACGGAGAGGCAAAGGUAGCGGAGGAAAGAAACGGGAGGGAGAGUCAGGGAGGGAGCCUGGGGAGACAGGGGCAGAGAGAAACAGACGCCCCAGAAGUGCGGAGGGUAGCCUGGGCCUCCCCUCCACCUCCAGCUGCACCGAGGACCGGGGGAGCAGGGAGCGAGGUGCUGGGCAUCACAGGGGUGGACCCGUCUCCCCUUCCCUUGCCACCUCCCACCCCCCACCUCCCCGGGGACCCCUCCUGCCCCGCUCCCCGGGAGGCAGCCGGAGGCCGGGGAUGGCGGAUUCAUGCCGGAACCUCACCUACGUGCGGGACUCGGUGGGCCCGGCCACCAGCACCCUGAUGUUCGUGGCGGGCGUGGUGGGCAAUGGCCUGGCGCUGGGCAUCUUGGGGGCGCGGCGGCGGUCGCGCCCCUCGGCCUUCGCUGUGCUGGUCACCGGGCUGGCGGUCACCGACCUGCUGGGCACGUGCUUCCUGAGCCCGGCCGUGUUCGUGGCCUACGCCCGCAACAGCUCGCUGCUGGGCCUGGCCCGGGGCCGCCCGGCGCUGUGCGACGCCUUCGCCUUCGCCAUGACCUUCUUCGGCCUGGCCUCCACGCUCAUCCUCUUCGCCAUGGCCGUGGAGCGCUGCCUGGCGCUCAGCCACCCCUACCUCUACGCCCAGCUGGACGGGCCCCGCCGCGCCCGCCUGGCGUUGCCAGCCAUCUACGCCUUCUGCACGGUCUUCUGCUCGCUGCCCCUCCUGGGCCUGGGCCAACACCAGCAGUACUGCCCCGGCAGCUGGUGCUUCAUCCGCAUGCGCUCGGCCGAGCCGGGCGGCUGCGCCUUCUCGCUGGCCUAUGCCAGCCUCGUGGCCCUGCUGGUGGCCGCCAUCGUCCUCUGCAAUGGCUCCGUCACCCUCAGCCUCUGCCGCAUGUACCGCCAGCAGAGGCGCCACCAGGGCUCGCUGGUCCUCGGCCCCCGGGCGGGCGAGGACGAGGUUGACUACCUGAUUCUGCUGGCCCUUAUGACGGGCAUCAUGGCCGUGUGCUCCCUGCCUCUCACGAUCCGCGGCUUCACCCAGGCCAUCACCCCGGACAGCAGUGAGAUGGGAGACCUCCUGGCCUUCCGUUUCAAUGCCUUCAACCCCAUUCUGGAUCCCUGGGUCUUUAUCCUCUUCCGCAAGUCCGUCUUCCGGCGGCUGAAGCUCUGGUUCUGUUGCCUGUACUCGAGGCCUGCCCAAGGCGACUCUCGGACGUCCCUCUCUCGGUCUGCCUCGGGGAGGAAGGACUCAAGCGCCCCCCCUGCUCUCAAGGGGAAAAAGGGGAACUGGGUGCCUUUGUCAGCCUGGGGCGAGGGGCAGGGGGCGCCCUUGCCAGCCGCACAGCCACCCACCAGCACCGUGGGAACACCCUCCAAACCCGGGUCCGAGGCAGCCUGCUCCCUCUGCUGACAUCUGCCCGGUGAUCACCCGCCCUGUCUUCCGGCCGCAGCUGCCAGAUAUUCAGGGACAUGACCGAUGGCUGCGGGCGGAUCAGCCUAGAGAUGGUUCCUGGAGCCCUGCCGGCCGGAACACGGACCCUCUGGAUUCAGGGGAUGAUCAGCUGCUAUUUCUCCUUCCUCCGGGUGGCCACGAGGGGCUGCAGGAGGAGGGAGAUGUGGAAAGGAAGUAUCCUGGAACAUAAAAAGAACAGUUCUCUCAAAAUAUCCAGCGGCUUGGCUGGCCUGGUCUGGCCCUCACUUGCCCAUCCAUCUCACUGUCUAAAUAUUUAGAAGGCAGAAAUGUUCCCAGCGGCUUCUGUGCGCUCAGGUCUGCUCUGGUUAGGGUUCUGCCUCUGAUCUUCCUUCAUUCAGGGUGCCCUGAUGCCCACCCCAAGGCCCCAGCGGACACCCCUGAGCCUGGCUCUGCGUUGCGGGGGGGAGUUCCCCAAGAGCCACCCUCAUGAAAGCCUGGGGUUCCCUGACAAGUUCCCUGUCUCCCUUUCCUUCCGAUUCCCCAUUGGACUUGGGAGGCCUGGUCCACCCCCCUCCCCACCAAGGCAGAAGGGGUGACUGUUGCCUUGGGAGUGACACCAUUGGACAGUUGCCUGAGAAAAACUGCAUGGCUUGGUGAGUUGCAAGAUGUGGAUGGCAGGUGGCAGGAGAAGCUGGAGAAUGAUGGGGUGGGAGCUACAGAACCCAUCCUUGGAUAAAUAGCUGCCCACCCCCCCAACUGCCCCUGCAGAGCCUGACCUUAUGCCCUGUGUCCUCGGAACCCUCGCAAAAAUGUCAUCCAUCCAUUCAUUCAUUCAACAAAUAGUGAGCCCUGAAUCUACCAGGUGCUGGGGACACAAACAGAUCUCAGCCCCACCUGGGACUCCUCUAGGGUAAUUUCCAGCCUUCAAUUCCCCUUCUGAUAGCCAGGGCUUUUCCAGCCAUCCACCCCUCUCUCCUCACAGCCAUCCUCUGCCGAACUCAAGGGUUUUCCAGGAGUGAGCAUGAAAGGAAGUGGUGCUUCGGGUGGUGGGAGGAGGUGAAUGGGAAAGCCCCCAGACUCUCCCUGGCCCUGAUUCCACUUUCUCACUUGCUUCAGGGUUAAAGCAAUCAUUCCGCCUCUGGGAGGGGUGAGGGUGGGGGUGGGUGGAGGAAUAGAUGAGGCAAGAACUUCCUAUAAAGACGGGUGGCUAAAGUGAGUCCUCCACCUCGUGAGUUGCACCCUCCUGGCUCCAGCCUACUAUUAUUAGAGCCACUCUACAUAGGCUGGAAUCAAGGUCCAGAGAGGGCAAUCACCAGCCCCAGGUCACACAGCGAGGAGAAAGAGCAGCCUGCAGGUGGAGCUGUUUUUUUUUUUUUUUUCCUCUGGCUGUGUUGUGCAGCUUGUGGGAUCUUAGUUCCCCAUUCAAAACCAGGGCUCUUUGCAGUGCAAGAGUGGAGUCCUAACCACUGGACCGCCAGGGAAUUCCCUGGUUUACCUUUUUAUCUCCUUAAUCCAGAUUGGGUUAGUGAGAUUGCCUUGGUUUCCUUUAGAAUGGUGAUCGUAAUCUAGUACUUAAUUUACAGGGCUAGCUGAGGAUUAAAUGAUUCAAUUUAAUCAUUAAAAAGCAAUUUAGCAUAAGACCUGGAGCAAAGCCCACAAUAUGUGUUACUGUUACUGCUGCUAUUGCCUGGCUAUUGGUAUUUGUUGUCUUUGGCAUCUGAGCACAUGUGGCUUGAAAACAAAACUUUUAUCCAUUGUUCUGACAUUGUUUCACACCCGCUCCCCAACCCCAAGUCACUUUGUUUCAUUUGAAGGAGUGGCUGUGAGAGUUAAAAAUAGAUCAAGAUGACUGCUUAAUGGGUAGGGGGUUUUCUUUUGGGGGAAUGAAAAUAUCCUGGAACUAGAGAGUGAUGGUGGUUGUACAAUGUCCUCAAUGUACUAAAUGUCACUGAAUUGUACAUUUUGAGAUGGUUAAAAUGGUACAUUUUGUGUUAUGGGUAUUUUACCACAAUUAAAAAAAAAAAAACAACACGUGUAAUACUGGAAAAAAUUGAGGAAGUUUUUUUUUUUUUUUUAAAUUGAGGAAGUUUAGAAACUUUUAUAGCAGUCUUGCCAGAGUCAUAUUGUAUCGCUUGAAUUCAAUAAUAAACAUGUUG